AUGAAUAUAUGCGGUUUGCCGUUGAGAAAAUACUCAUCAAUCUUGCAAGAACAUCAAUCAGCACUUGAAGAGUGUAAUAAUGUGAAGGGAGAAAUCAAAGGCUGUGAAAUUUGGAACGUUUACAACACAGCUCCAAGGAUUCCUCAAAAACCUGUGAGACCUGCUGAUGAAUAUGGAGCUCUAAUCUAUGCGGGAAGAUGGGAAAUUCACCGAGUAACAUUUUCACCAGGAAACAUUGGUUUUGCAACAUUUGGUGCUCCAUGGAGACGCAAAUCAUUAGCGAUAACACAUGGAAACUAG